AUGGGUGUUAUAUCUCCUUUAUCAAAGCAGCUCGCAAUGCCAUUGCCGAAUGCCCUCGUUUUGGUGGCUCUAAAUGAGCUCUCGACCUAUAGUGAGGUUUAUUCAGGUACACGGAUGGUAGUCUAUGUGCGCGGCGAUAAACCUCACAAGGAGCUGAAAGUUCUGAAGACCAGCGAUGCCAUUAUGAUUCUUCACAAGGUGCCGUACACAGAAGAGAAUGUUAGCAGAAUCCAUACCGCAAGAAGGAUUCAGUGGUUGCAGGCUGUUUUCGUUUGGAUAAUGCCUUGGAUUUUCCGGCAUUUAAAUUUAGACUAG